CUUUGUAUUACGUUUUCUAGUUCGCAAUUAAUGUUAGUUUUUUAUAAUAUUCUUUUAAAUGUCGGUUUAUACGUCAAAAACUAAUUUAAAUUACAGAUUAGUGUGAUUUAUGAGAGAAGCAAUAAUUAGAGUAGCAAGUAAUAAUGGAUAAGGUAUGCAGUAGACAAAAUACAGUGCAUAUCGUCAUACUAGUAUUUCUAUCCUGGAUUGGUAUUGCACACAGCAUCGACUGCUUCAAAUGCGUGUCCAUGAAUGGCAAGUUUCCAGCCUGCGAUGAUCCGUUCCAUAACAACCACUCGCUGCAGAUGCUCGAGUCUCCUUGCAUGGGGGGGAGGAAAGGUCGGGACGGCCUGUUCCCCGCUACUUCUUGUAUAAAAAUCGCCGGUGUUUUUGAUGAUACUGGUGAGAGAAUUACCGUCCGAGGAUGUGGUCUGGACUCUGGUACAGUCACUACUGACACAGAGAUCAUUAGGAUGUCGCAUUGUGGUCGCUUCUAUUAUAAUGACAGAUACGUCCACGGCUGCCUGCAGAGCUGUAAUGACGCGGACGCGUGCAACGCCGCGCCCACCGCGACGCCAUCUUUGUCUCUGUUAGCCGCCAUUUUGUAUCACGUGACAUCUGUCAAUAGCUAACAAAUAUACUGAGUAUUGUACAAAUGUAAGGAUGAGGCGAGAUUAUCCUGUGUUGCCAGCUUUUGGCGCUUUUAUGAAUAGAUCCAUUCUGGCAACCAUCUUGGUUAAAUCUUGGUGAAUUCAUCACGAUUGUGUAACCUACCUAAGUUAAUCUUCAUAUUAUCAUCCUCCAGCUUAUACAUAUAGUUUAAGAGUAUGCACGAUUCCAUAUGCGUAUCCACAUAAAAGUCAAUAUAUUUUUUUGUAAGGUGUUACGUGUGUUUGUAACAAGAAAACAUAAAUCUAAAGAUAUGUUUACAUCACAUAUUUAUGCAUAUUUUAUCGAAUUAUGUGUUAUUUCGCGGAAGUCCAUUUCAUUAUUUAAUUGGAUUUAUAUUAUUUAAUUCCGCUACCAUUAGCAUGUGUGAGAGCGCAAAUAUUCAAUGCUGAAAACUGACCACCAUUAUGUUGCCAUCUAAACUAUAUCCGAACUCUAUUCAUUGCUUUAUGAUGCCUCGUACAGAGUCGAAACACGUGUCGCAGUAUAGUAGUAUAGUAUAGAUUCAAUAACGGUCGGAAUUUCAUCAAUAUUAUAAGAGAAGAUGGUAAGUGUCGUAACGCUUGGUCAGGUUCGCGCACUGAAUAUUUGUGGUCUCACACAAUUAUAUACAUUUAUAUACAUAAUUAACAAUAUUAUUAUUCGUUUUAUGUGACUUAUUAAUUUGAAUACAUUAUAAUGGAUCGAUGGGCUAACUGAACUGAUUUGACUCUCGUCCUAUCAUGUUUGCCUGGUACCUCACCAGUGUAUACCGAACUAACGUUCCACUUGAUGGCGAGUGGUAACUGUCGCCUAAAUACGAAAUAAUAUAAAUAAAUUAUGUGCAUUUAUAUACAUGAUUAACAAUAUUAUCAUUUGUUUUAUAUGUCUUAUUAUUUUGAAUACAUUAUAAAGCACAGGAUAUGCUAACUGAACUGAUUUGACUCUCGUCCUAUCAUGUUUGCCUGGUACCUCACCAGUGUAUACCGAACUAACGUUCCACUUGAUGGCGAGUGGUAACUGUCGCCUAAAUACGAAAUAAUAUAA